AGGAGAGAAGCAAUGUCAAAUAUUGGGUGUCCGGCGAGAAUGGAAGAAGGUGGAAGGUUGGAGGUGAUAGACAACGCAAUUCAGAAGCUGAUAAAAGAAAACAAGAACAAAGCAAUUUACAACGACGAAGAUCCUGAAACUGAAUACCAACUCGCUCUUCCCAAUCUUCUCUCUGCCGCUUCUCACUCUCAGCUUCAGCAGUUGGAGGUGUUGCAAAGAGAUGAUCCACUUCCUCAAUCCGAAGCUUCUAGCCCUUCGGGUUCAGAAGCUUCUACAAUCAUGAAAACAGAAAACAAAAACGCAGAUCCUUGCAAUGGAAGCACUGAAACUAAUGAGAUAGUGAAGGAGUUGAGGAAAAUAAAGAGACAGAAUUUUGUAACUCAUUGUCUUCUGUCAGUUAUGAUUGUUCUCACUGUGGCUUGGCAACUUUCAGAGGUUUCAAUGAUUAUGAAGGUGAAAGAUGGAAUUAACCAUCCAUUUAGGUCCUUUGGAAGUAUGAUCAAAGCAAUGGUCAAAGUCAACGCCCAAGAAGAUGACAACAACAACAAAGAACAAAAUGAUGAAUCUUCAUCGUCACUUGCUUCUCUCAAGUUGCCAGAGAUUCCUCAUAUGGAUGUAACAGAUUUAGGUAUCAAUAAUGGAAACCAAUGAAACUGGCUACUCAUUCUGUCCACUAAUAAAUAUCAAUGUUGUUUCAAAUAUUCUUUUUUUUAUAUUUAUGUCACAAAUAUU